ACUGCAGCUAACAGGUUAUGAGCCCUGCGCUCUAGCUGCCUCAGACGUCCAUCCCUGCCUGUCCUAUCGCUCUACAGUCCGCACCAAGCUCUCCCUGCACUCCUACCUGCUCUGCUUGUCGCAUUUUCGCUCUAGGACUCUGCUUUCAUUUUCUUUGCUCCUGGAUGCAGUUUUCGUCCCCCUGCUUCGUCGCUUCGUCAGCUCGCCGCGCACCACGCCAAUACCCCUCCACCAUGGCACCAGCCCCCGCCGCUUUCCCCAAGCUCUCCAAUCGCAACUACCAGCAAUGGAGACUCGAUAUGGAGGGCAGGCUUCGCAUUUUGGGGGCCCUGCGCAUUGUCAAGGGCACUGAGACGAGGCCCAGCUACACCCCUCCUCUGGACGCUGGUGAGCGACGAGAUCUACGCGAUUUCGACACUAGGGUGGACAUGGCUGCUGGGGAGAUUUGGAGUUGUGUGGAGAGGGAGCAGCAGACGCAUCUGGAGGCAAUCAGGGAUGAUCCUCAGGCUAUGUGGGCGAAGCUGGAGGCUGUUCACAUGCAGAAGCGACCAGGUACGAGGUUCAACACCUACAAUGCCCUCCUCAGCCUUUCCAAGGCAGAAGACGAGUCCCUAUCCUCCCUGGCCACUCGAGCUAUCCAGCUCAAGUCCGACAUGCUCGCCCUACGCCCUCCCAGCUUCACCAUCACCCUACUCGACGAUGAGCUUGUCCUUAUGGCUCUAAUUCGCGCCCUGCCCGUUGAAUACACCUCCCUACGCCACACCCUGCUCCUGGACGACUCCCUCACCCUUGACAAGCUUCAGGACAUCUUUGUUUCGCUCGAAAAUCAGCCUGGAGCGUCCCCACCCGUCCCUGCCCUCUCCAAUGCCGCCACAUCGCUCUCCUGCACCUUCUGCAGUCGAUCCGGCCAUUCCGAGGACCAGUGCUACGCUAAACGCGAUGCCAGUGUCAAAGCGAAAGAACGUGCUGCUCAACGCUCACAGUAUCACUCCAACAAGUCCAGAAACAAGCAGGAGGCGUCCCAGGCUUCGAACGACACAUCCAGGAUGCAGGGGACACCCCAGGAGUCCGCUGGUGCGGCCACUGUGCAUCUGCACACAUGACACCACACCGCCACUGGUUUCGCUCCUACUCACCCCACAAUGU